UCGAGGAAAUCCCUGCGCGCAUCUGACGAAUCACUCCCGUCCAGACACCGGAGAGCUCGCGGGUCCCGAAUGGCAGUCGCGGCAGUAAGAGAGAGAUAGGGAAUCCCCGAGGGUCGCCGCAACGAUACCGACCCGGUUCAUCCACGGUGCUGGUUUCAGUGGACGUUUCCAUCGGCAUGGCACGGACGCACGUUUGAUGCGCUCUUCGGACCGGACCGUCAGUGCUGCGCAACACUCGCAGCAAUAAAGACUGUUCCAUCAAGGAUUUCAUUUUUGUUUUCCACUCAUGAGGCACCAGCAAGUUUGAUAGUAUGGCACUGAGCAGCACGCUUUUGCCCUCGAUAUCCACCUUUGCAAGCGGCGCUGAUGUGAAGCACAAGGCCAUGAUGGGACCUGGAACCAGUUUAAGAUGGAAGGAGGAGACGUCUCAAUUGAAACGCCCCUGCAUGCCUACAGGUGGGACCUGCACUGACCUGGACGUCCCCUUAGCAAUGGCCAAGAAGGAGCCGGAGGAGCUGGAUCUGUUGGACUAUGACUUCAUUCUGUCAAACAGCAUGCUGCAGCAGCAACAGCAACAGGCCUCCAUGGCCAGCACCUCCAGAACUCUUCCACCCUCCCCUACGUCCUACACCUACCAGAUGCCCUCUCCUCAGGGCCAAGAGACCAAUAUGCUGUACAACAUCCCGGAUAUCAGCGACGUAUCUCCCUGUGGAGGUUUUGUCGCUGAACUGAUGAGGCCGGAGCUGGACCCCGCAUAUCUCCAGCACACGAGCCUCCACGGCAAAUUUGUGGUGAAGACCACCAUGGACAUGACAGACUAUAGCCAAGUGCUUAGCGUUAGUAAGGCCGGCUCAAUGUUGGACACUUCCUCCCUGCCAUUUCAGUGUGCUAGGAUAAAGCAGGAAUGUCCUAGCACCUGCACCAUCGCCCGGCCCAUUGACAUCCACCUGGGCGUGAACUCGCGGCCCGGAGGGAACCAGAGACCCCUGCUGGACACUCAUGGUUUCCCAACGGGGCGAGGAGCCAUAGGGCCCAGCCGUUCUUCCACUUCCUCUCUGUCUCCAGAUGAGCAUCCUCAAGCUCAGGUGCUGGGACCCCCUCCACUGUCCCUGGCACAGGGAUAUCACCCCUCCCCAGGUUAUUCCGGCUUUCCGCAGCCUCCUGCACAGUCCCUGCAGUACCAAGAGCUGAUUUCUCCAGCCGAGUGUGUGCCGGAAGAGUCCAAGCCCAAGCGCGGUCGACGGACCUGGCCAAGGAAGCGGAUAGCCACACACACAUGCGAUUACGCAGGCUGUGGCAAAACUUACACCAAGAGCUCACACCUCAAAGCCCACCACAGAACCCACACAGGAGAAAAGCCGUAUCACUGUGACUGGGAGGGAUGUGGCUGGAAAUUUGCCCGUUCAGAUGAGCUCACGAGGCACUACAGGAAGCACACGGGCCAUCGGCCCUUUCAGUGCCAGAAAUGCGACAGAGCCUUCUCGCGGUCCGACCACCUUGCACUGCACAUGAAACGGCAUCUAUAACCAAGACUGGAAGAGCCAAAAGAGUGAAGAUACUAGUGGACUAGUGAACCACGUGUUGCCUUUGAACAAGAGUCAAUGAAACCAGAGCUCCACGACGAGAUGUGUUGUCCACAGCAUCAGAGUUGGGACUUUUCCGAUUUUUUUUGUUUGUUUGUUUGUUUGUUUGUUUUACCUUUUUUGUCAUGUUGUCUUCCAACGUGUUGGUGAUCCAAGAGGCCAUGUCCAUUUCCUGCACACUGGGAUGUUACUGGAAUGUGCAUCUACUUACCGACAAAACUUGGAGAUGCCAAGUGCCAAACAAAAGACUGGAAAUAAAUGAAUAUCAGGGAUAUAUGGAACAAUUACGAGAACAUAUGUAUUAAAACAGAACAACAGAGGCCUUUAAUCGACCUACAUUCCAUCACUCACCUCUCAAACACUGAUCCAUUUGAAUCUAUUUUUUUAUCGCUCUAUCUAAAGUCAUUAAUUUCAGGUACAGAGUAAUUUAUAAGUGUGUUACCAGAUGGUGCUGAGUAUAGUCAGGUGUAUUCAGUAAGGUACCAAAGAUAAAAGUGGAUUUUAAUUAAAGCCUGUAAGUCUUUGUGGUUCUAAACCUCACACGGAACAGGGGCGAACACAUGACCUCUCUUUGGUGAUGGCAAUCUAAACUGCACUGUGGUUGCAAGGUGCAAUAAUUUUGUAAAACACUCAUAUUUUUAUAUAAGACACAAAAAAAUAACUCUGAACAAAGUUUUUUGUUUAUAGUCAGAUUAAUGUAAUAUAAUCUUUUGUACAUUUGUAAAUACUUUUUUCAUUAAGGUUUUUGUAUUUUAUGUAUGAAUGCAUUCCAGUAUAAACCAAAAAUGUAAAUGUAUUUGAGAUUACUUUUUUAUUUUAAUUUUAAUGAACAACACAUGAAUAGAGCUGUUCAGGUUGUAGUCCACACACCCGGAUGAGAAUUCGCCAUGGGUUCGCUUGGGAUUUUCCAAUGUUUUCUACAACAUAAAUUACACAGUCAAAUCUCAAAUGUGAAUUUUGAAGCUGGCGUGCAUUAAAAAGAAAAAAGUAUAUAAUUCAAUGUGGCUUCUAAAUUCACGUUUGAGGUAUGAAAGUGUGUAAGUUAUGCUGUGGAACAAAACGUCCAAAUAAUGUUCACCACAGAACUUAUUUUACACAUAACAUCAAAAACCCAAUAGGAAAAUCCAGAGGGAUCCCAUGGAGAAUUCGUCUUCCGGGUUCGCCUACAAAUUGACGUCACGGCUGAACAGCUCCAUUGAAUGACAUUUUAACAGUUGUUCUUUAUGCCUGUGUGUUUUGCAACAUGUCUGAACGUUUGCAUGGAUUAUGGCGCAUUCAAACACAAUCAGGUUUUUCUUGCAUUCCUGUUUCAUUCUGUUAAGCAGCAGGUAGUAAUUAUUAGAAAUGCUUUAUCUUCAUUUCUCUUAUGUGAAUUGGUUUGUCUGAAUUUUACUUUCACUAAAUGCAAUUGUGCAUCAGCAUUUUUAUCUAAAAACCUGCCUGAUUGAAAACAAAUAUUCAAUGAUAUAUCACAGUUUGAGAUUUUGGACACAACUGUCCCAGACUACAUUUAAGAGAUUAAGAAUUCAAUAUUUUCAAUUUCAAGUUUUGUUAAAUAUAUAUAUAUAUAUAUAUAUAUAUUUUACAAUUUUGAUUUAAAAAAAAAAAAUAAUAAUCUAAAGGUAAACUAGUAUUGCUGAAUGAACUAGUUCUGAAUUUCAACAUUUUACAAAUCUUACUGCUCAGAAUCUCCAGAUCUAUUUAUGUAUAAAUAAUUAUAUUAAAUUUCAUGCACAACUUUCCUCUUGUAGUUUUACUAAAGCUGAUCAAUGUCUCAAUGGAACUAUGGGAAUAAACUUAUUUGAAUUACUUAAAUAACUGGCAGCUCUAUCACACCAUGCAAACACAAAUGAGACAAUAUUGUUUAUACCUAAUAAAAAAAUGGAGUUACCUGUA